AUGAGCUCAGGUAAGGGCUACUAUCAAUAUGGCCGUUUACAGUACAUCGUUACAUCCCUUGGGAAUACUACGAUAAUAGUUACAGAUAUACUGUACUUUGAAUUUUUAUUUUAUGUAAAGCCGCUAAGCGUUUGUGCGUUGCUACAACAAAGUUGAGAGCAAAGCAAGUUUAGACUUUAGUUAAAACAAUUAUUUAAUAAUACUACAACACUUCUUUAAAAUUGCCGCUUUUUUUUCAAAGAGAGCUUAAUAUUUAUGCCAUUUUCCUUAGAAGGUUUUGAGAUAUUGUAGUUUUUUCCUCGAAUAUGGUAAUAAACACGUAAUUUCUCACUCAAAGCUUCCCUGAGAGUUGAGCCUGAUUUCCCCUCGCGUAAAAAAUAAGGCUCUGCCGUUCGUUUCCUUAUUCGGUGGCUCUGCUGUUUCACUAGACUUUCCCAAAGUCUUUUCCAGUUUUUUUCGCGGUUCGAUCUCGCGGCUUCGCCACUCACCGCUCGCUAUUCGAGAUCGACUUGUGGGCAAGUCUAGGUUGACACGCAUGCGUAUUGCACCCAUUUUAUUAUUGACCGGUCAAUAGAUGUUUCAUUGUGGACCGGUGUGCCUCCUCGGCAAAGCACGCAGUGAACAUGACGUUUUGUGGAUCGGCACGUGAUACAGUUUUGACCAGGGCGCUUAUAUAUAUAAGCGCCCUGGUUUUGACCAAUCAGCAAACAGAAAAAUUGAACUUUGACACUAACCAUAUAACAAUGUUUAAUAUUUACCAUUUAUGGUCCGUUUUUUUCUCUGUGGACAGGAAAAUACCAUUUAAAUACCAUUUGGUUUAAAAAGUUUCCUGAUGCAAUUUUAUGGUUUUCACUUGUUACAUCAUUUGAUCAAUUUCUAAAGUUGUUUCUUUUUGGAUUUUAAAAAUUAAUUUGGUGUUCGAGUUGCAGUUAGUUGGGGGUUAGAAUUGGGUUUGUUUCAUAGCCAUUGAACACCUCUUCCGAAAAUGACGUCAUGUCAGUUUGGUAGAUGGAAACAAGUGCUGACCCAAUUUCAUUAGUUCUACUGUCGUUCCAAUUGAAGUGUUGCUCAAAUAUUGAUUCAAUACAUUACCUCGGGCUGACCAAUUCAUUUGAUCAAGUUCCACGAGAUAUUCAUGCACUUCCUGUGAAAGAGCCAAUUCCAAGUAUUUGAUCAUUUCUGGUCACUUCCUUUCUAUUUAUGAUUGGUUAGUUGCACAAACAACAAAGGUGAUUGGUGCAUUCAAACUAUUCAACAGGAAGUUUACAAUUAUACUAGGAAGUGUAUGAAUAUCUCGAGGAACUUGAUGAAAUGAAUUGGUCAGCCCGAGGUAAUGUAUUGAAUCAAUAUUUGAGCAACACUUCAAUUGGAACGACAGUAAUUCUCUCUUAUCUCUGCCCAUUAGACGACGAACAUUUUAACUUUGAUUCAAAUGCUAACCCAAAUGGAACUCAGGUAAUUGUAUUAUAUGGAAUUUGUCAAUUUGAGUAACUAGUAAGUGGGUGUGCAGGACUGGCGAGAGGUUGCGUAGGGCCAGGGCAAAACUUUCCACGGGGCCCCUAUGACGUCAUAAUUGGAAAAGGGGAGCUAGAAGCAGUGUUUUACAAUACAUUACACUUCAUUACAUUUUAUCCUGAUACUAACGCAGCCGGGAUUUAUAUUCUCAGUUCAGCAAUCUGGUAUCACAAAAUUUUAAUUAGGGCAUUUAUGGGUAUAAAAUAGGUAAUUGGACAAGUAGUGGUGUAAGACAUUGUGUAGCCUAAAUAAUGAGAGGACCAGUAGUCCAAAAAUGGUUAUCCUUUCUUUACUCCGACUCCUAUGAUGAACAUGUACGCAAAAACUAGGGAAACUACGAUUAGCUAGAGACUAAAGUACGUAGAUACUGUAAAAAGCGAGGAUAUAAGAGCGAGAGAUUGAAUUUGAGUAAGAAGGCAACCCUGUACGCGUUUCGACGUAACUGUCUUUUUCAGCAGGGUUUUCUAAGGGAGGUGUAGAUAGAAUUUGCAGAGUAGAUCUGGAAAGCAGGAGAGUUUAGGAGUUCGGAACAAAAUGUGAGACCAAGAGAAAAACAAAUUAUUACGAAGUUAUUAUGAAAAAAUAAUUACACAGUACAAAAAUGAAGGUUGAAAGAUAGUGAAAAAGGAUGUAAUUACUAUAUGGUAUUAGUCAAGUUAUCCUACCAAAGGUCUUGUUGUUGCGGGACAUUUCAACACUACGUACUUUAUUGUUCAUCUUUGGUAUUGGUGAAGCGAAGUAAUUUGCAAGUCGUUUAAGGUUAAACGUACUCAAUGGUAUAGUGAGUUUGAAUGAUUGUGAUGGAAAGGGUGGAGUAAGAUUUAUUUAGUAGUGUGAUCAUGCGACUGUGGGUGAUUGCAUCCAAAUAUUGUGCCAGGAGCUUAAUUGACCGGGAAAAGGGUGUAUGGCAUUUAUUGUUACCUAAGGGAAAAAUAUCGAUAACACUGUGCAGGGUCUGAUGUAAUAUAUGAACAACGAGAGCGCGUGUUUCACCGGGAUAUCCAAACACGAGAAAACAAUGUAUGAAUCAUGUGUGCUAAUCAUCCUUGUAAACGAGAGCUGAGCUCAAUUAUGGAAGACGCAAUUCAAUUUGGAGUCGAAGGCUUACCCAUAUUAUCACAGCAAAGGCCUUUCUCUAGGAUUGUGGGUAUGAUUCCUGCAUACUAUUUAGUGGUGUUUUUGUGAGGUUACCGCUGUCAUUAGACAUCGAGUUUGAAAAAAUGGGUCUUGAAACUGGAUGCUGCACGUACCUCAUCACAUUGUCCCUCACAAUAUUUUCUUUUCUUAUAGGGAGACAGACAUUCACCGCCAACAUCAGACGAAGGUCACCACCCUGGCGAUGGACAAGCUAACAGGUACUGUUUAUUCACAUAUUAUCCCACUGGUCUGCACAAUUUCCACAGGAAAGUAACGUUUGGUUUAUUGUUAUAGGCCUCCUACUUUGUUUCUCCCACGACAAGGAAGUGUCGAACACAGCCGUUUCGAAGAAAUUCUGGUAAUAUUAACUAGUGCUUAGCCUAAUAUUUUAUUCGGAAUACUUUAACUAUAUGGAUAAUUCAAUAAGCAAAUUUAACCCAUUCUAUGAAACACAUUUAGAUAUACUGUCAUUUUUAAAAUCUUUGUAAUGCACAUUUGAAAAUUGCAAUAUUGAUAAUUGCACAAUAUAAAUCAAUAAAUUAUUAUUAUUAAGUGUCAUUUUAAAUAUUUCUCUGUACUUGCUGUUGAACAACACACAAACACAAGACUGUUAGAAUGAAAAUAAUUAAAAAAAAAAAAAAAAAAAAUUAACAAUGUUUUUUCACUAAGAAACAGCCAGUUGAUCACUAUAUAUGCUGCAUGAUGGCAGUUUGUUAAAGUAUCACCUAUUGAAUUUUUCUCCAUAUUAAACUUUAGAAAAGAACAAAGAAUUAUGAAACAAUAUCAAAAGUACCAUAUCAUAUUCAAGAGGAGGUGCAAGACUCCCUCAAUGUAACAAAUAAAAGUCAAGACGAUUGGCGUGGUGUCGCUGCAAGGAUGGGUGUAAAAGCAAUCACCAUAGAAAAAAUUGCAAGGGAUUUUAAAGAAAAUCCAACUCAUAAACUUUUCCAAGAGCUCUCGAGCAAAAAAACCACGGAAUUUCUUCAAGUUUUGUAUCAGAUGGAUCUUCAGGAUGUAUUAAACAUUUUCUAUGAUAAUAUGUGUAUUACUAAACCAGGUAGUUUACCAUUAUGUAAAAUGUUCCAACACCUAUCUAUAUGUACUGCUUUCUAAUUUACUGACACCUCUAUAAUAUGUACAGCUCUCUCGUAUGUACUCUUGUGUAAUUUGGGCACCACUCUUAAUGCAGACAUCUAUCUUAAGACAGACAAAUCUCUAAGACAGACAUCUGAAUGUCUAAUUAAAAUAGACAUCUCUCUAAUGAGGACACCUCUCUCUCUCUAUAUAUCUAUAUAUAUCUCACAUGGUAAUGUAUGAAACAAUAUAGUGAAGCCACUUUAUGCUAUUUUAAAUCUCAUUUCUAUAUAGCCAAACAUUUGAAACCAACGGUGAAUUUCCACUCCACCUAUUCUACUAAUUUUUGGCAUAAAAUUCCACCACCGACUAGAAAGGUACAUUAUGCAAACCCCUAAAGUAUUACAUGAACUAGUUUAGCCCAAUUAACCCAAGAGCCGCAAUGCGCGCCCCAGUGUGCCCUACUUAUUUUUUUACUUGUCUAACGCCAGACGGUUUUACUCGUCAAUGGGGAAGCUCUGCAGCUUAAUGGGUUAAGCACCAGCGCUCUCCCCUUGACGAGUAAAAAUCAUCUGGCGUUACAGACAGUAAAAUCGUUAACUGGACACAUGCCAGUUAACCCAUUAAGCGCCACCAGCACUCGAGAUCUCCCCUUGACGAGUAAAAUCGUCUGGCAUUAGACUGAGUAAAAUCAUAAAGUAGUAGGGUGCAUCAGGGCGCAAUGCAACUCAAUGGGUUAAUCUGCAAUUUUAAAACAAACCUUGUCAACUUUAUAUAAACUAUAAAAAUAUCUUGAAAACACAAGAUACUGUAUAAUCACUAAAUAAAUAUAGCAUGCAUGAGCAUCCAUGCUUCUAAAGUAAUGGAAAUUACUCAAGCAAAAAACUAGCUUGUGAUUUGACUUGAUGAAAAUGUUAUUUUUCAUGAAUUUUCAUAAUUCUUCUUGAAUUAUUUUUGUUAAUUAAUGAGAAUUUAUACAAGCGGCUACCACAGGACGUACAUUUAAAUAGUUGGUUUAAAUUAAUAUUUCGAUUUUGAUACAAAAUUGUUACACCAACUGGUCAAAAUGCCCACAUUAAUUUGGAAAGCAAUUUGGAAUUUCCUUUGAAAUUAAAGUUAAGCCUGAAUUAUUGUCUUCAGUGGCACUCUUGAUUAACUGAUCACAUAAUAAGUAGCAAUUAUGUACAUGUACCCUAAUUGACCUCUGUGUACACUGCCUAAAGCCUGGCGAUUUACUCUUUACGGAAAACUGUUAAUGGUUGAGUAGUUGAAUUCAAUUGUUAAACAUUUUUCCAGGAAUGGAAACAGGUGGAAGAAGUGCUAAAGAGGGACUUUAGGAAACAGAGUAUGCAAUCUCAAGUCAUGAGAUUCAUUUGUUAUGUGCUUAAGAUCGAACCUUACGGUAAGUUCAACCUUUGUCCACUUUGGAAAAUGCAACAUCAUCAAAAUUGAAAUCCAAUUAAAGCAGCUGAAAGUAUUUUAGUGCCACUUUAAAUCAAUAGCAUUUAUCUAAAAUCUUCAACAUAUAGAGGAGAGACACAACAAAUAUGUCCAUGAGCAAGAUUUUGCAAACCUAGUGGCCUGGUUUGGUCCUGUUAAAGAUGGGAAAGAUGGAUUAUUUGAGAAGGUAUUUAUUGCAAUUUAUUUCCAUAAAAAAUUGCUGAAAAGGUUCUCUUGAAAAAUAUUCAUCGCCAUUGAUUUGCAGUAGCUUUCAUUUUGCAAAUAUAUAUAUUUUUACUUUCAGAUCGCGCAAUUGAUAAAAGACUCUAUCAUGUACAAGGGAAAUAGCGGACCUCAUAGGUAUUAUAAUCUGUUGUACUUAUAUAAAUGUUUUGUGGUUCAUACUUUUUCUCUAGUGAAAAAAUAAAGCCUUACUUUUACUCCAAAUCAGUUUUGAUUUUGAAAUAAAAUUAUGUCAUAAUUCUUCUUCAACUGGGAGGCACAUUAUAGUCCUCCAAUAAUUUUCUCAAACGUUCUAUAUUUCAGUUUCUUUGCGGGUUAUAUGACAAAGGAUGAAGCAGACCGGCUCAUCGGAAAUGAAGAGAAAGUCGGAACUUUUCUGAUUAGAUUUAGUUUAACUUAUGCCCAAAGCGGUUGUUUCAUAGUUUGUUUAAAAACAAACACUGGCGUGGAACAUGUACUCCUCGAGGUAAUUUUCAUAACGCGAAAUUUGAGCUAUAUAGAGGCUCGUUAUAUAUUGUUAUCGCUUUAUAGUUAUUUUAACUUCGCCCUCCUUCUCGGCCAAAUUUUUUUUCAGAGAUCUUUGCGAAAAAUAUGAGGUGACACGCACGUUAACAGCAAAUUGGAACAACACUGGAAUCAUAUAAACUUAAUUUCCAUACAUUUGUUACAGUUUUCCAGCAAAAGUUUGUUAUAUCAUGUAGUUUAUAUAGUUCUAUAAUAACAAGAACGAAUUCUUUCUAUUAAUAACAAACAUUUUCCUUUAAUCAAAAGGGCAGCUUCGCCCCCCUUGCCCCUCCUGGUAAAGGGCAAGAGGGGCAGCUGCCUCCUCCUCCCGCAGUUCCGGCGUCCCUGCACGGAGCACAGUUAAGGUGGCACUGUCGGGGAUUACCUUUUAUAGUUUGGUACUAGGCGUGCUUUGAAUAGGUUGCUAUAAUCUAGACUAACUAUUAAAUUUGCCUGAUCUAGGGGAAUCCUGCAACCGGGAAGAUUUCAUAUGAUGGUAAAGACUACGAUGAUUUGGUCACAUUAUAUAGGCGAGCAUUAUGUAAGGGUGGAGUGUCUCAAGACAGACGUACAUCGUGUACCACAAUAUGCCCAAACCUACCACUGAAUGCCAUGUUCAAACCUUGCGAUGCAGGGCCUUAA